AUGUCAGCAAAGCCCGUCUCCUACGAUUCACACCCGCCUCACGGCCACCCUGAGAACCAGGGCCCCAGCACUCAGAACGUCGACCGCGCAUCUACUGCUUCGCAUCCUCCCUCGACCAAGCCCGACCCCACCACCACGGCACCUCACCCCAAGCUGAACCCUCAUGGCGCCAAAGGAAGCGAGCCCUCCUCCUCUUCCUCCGGUCCCGCCGAACUCUCCGAUCUUAAAGUAAGACUGAGAAAUGCUCUGCGACAAUACCCCGACUUCCCCUCCAAGGGCAUUCUCUUCGAGGACAUUAUGCCCAUCUUCUCCUCGCCAAAGCUCCACGCAGACCUCGUCAAGGCUCUCGAGCUCGAGGUUCGCGCAAAGUUCGACAAGACCCCCGACGUCAUUGUUGGUCUCGAGUCGCGCGGUUUCUUGUUUGGUCCUUCGCUUGCUCUUCGUCUUGAUGCUGGUUUCGUUCCCGUCAGAAAGCAGGGCAAGCUUCCCGGCAAGCUCGAGACUGAGGGCUACGAGAAGGAGUACGGCACCGACUUUUUCCAGAUCCAGAGCGACGCUAUCGCCAAGGGUCAGACUGUCCUUGUUGUUGACGACAUCAUGGCCACUGGCGGCUCCGCAAUGGCUGCUGGAAACCUUGUCAAGAAGAUUGGUGGUGACAUCAUGGGCUACCUCUUCCUCAUGGAGCUCGAGUUCUUGCACGGAAGAGACAAGCUCAAUGCUCCCGUCGUUACUCUGCUCAGCGGUCAGGACGCCGAGAGCCGUGAGAAGGAGCUGCCCCUUGGCCAGACCAAGGAGUCUGCCGAGGAUGUCAAGAGCGUGCAAGAUGCCGGUGGUGCUGCUGCCAGCAAGCAGCCAUAG